UUUUUUUUUCCUUUUUACUUUUUUUUCUUUCUUUCAUCACAAAUAAUAAAGAAAAAACAAUGUCUUCAUAUACUUCUUCCUAUUCUUCAAGUAGACACCAUAGUGAAUCUAGUCGUCGUGACCAUGAUAGCCGUGAUCGACAUAGUAGCAGUCGUGAUUAUAGUAGCCGUGAUCGACAUAGUAGCAGCCGUGAUUAUAACAGCCGUGAUCGACGUAGUAGAAGCCGUGAUCGCAGCAGUCGUGAUCGUCAUAGCAGCAGAAGCUAUAGAGACAAUCGUGAAACUUCUCCAAGAAGAUCAAGUCGCCAUUAUGAAUCUUCAAGCACAAGUAAAACCAAUGAUCGUGGAUAUAGUUCUUAUCGUUCCAAUAGCUCUUUUGGGGGAAAUGCUCCGUCUAGUAAUGGUAGUAGUUAUGGACAAAGCAAUUAUGGUGGUAGCGGAUAUUCUUCUUAUAACAAUGGUGUUAACUUCCAAGGCGGUGAUCGUAUGUCUCAAUUGGGUAACACUUUGAAGAAUACUCAAUGGGAUAUGAAUUCAUUACCAAAAUUCGAAAAAAAUUUUUAUGUUGAACAUCCUGAUGUCACAGCAAGAACCUUGGAAGAAGCAAAUCAAAUUCGAGCAGCAGCUGGUAUGACGGUAACAGGUAUCGAUGUUCCAAAACCUCUCAAAACUUUUGCUGAAGCCAAUUUCCCUGGAUAUGUGAUGAGUGAACUUGAAAAGCUUGGUUUCCCUUCUCCUACUCCUAUUCAGUGUCAAGGAUGGCCUAUGGCAUUGAAAGGUGAUGACGUUGUGGGUGUGGCUGAAACUGGUUCUGGAAAAACUUUGGCCUAUAUUCUCCCUGCUAUUGUUCAUAUCAAUGCUCAACCACUUCUUCAACCUGGUGAUGGUCCUAUUGUUUUAGUUUUGGCUCCUACUAGAGAGUUAGCCGUACAAAUUCAACAAGAAUGUGUCAAAUUUGGUCAAUCUUCAAGAAUCAAGAAUACUUGUCUUUAUGGUGGUACUCCUCGGGGACCCCAAAUUAGAGAUUUAUCUAGAGGUGUGGAAAUUUGUAUCGCCACUCCUGGUCGUUUGAUUGAUAUGUUGGAAUCCGGUCGAACCAAUCUUCGUCGUGUCACCUACCUUGUUCUUGAUGAAGCUGAUCGUAUGUUGGAUAUGGGUUUUGAACCUCAAAUUCGUAAGAUUGUCAAUCAAAUUCGUCCUGAUCGUCAAACCCUUAUGUGGAGUGCUACUUGGCCUAAAUCUGUACAACAAUUGGCCGAAAGUUAUCUCAAAUCUUAUAUUCAAGUUACUGUUGGAUCUUUAUCAUUAAGUGCCUCACAAAAUGUGACUCAGACUGUGGAAGUUUGUGAUGAAACUCAAAAACGUGGAAAAUUGAUUGUACAUUUAGAACGUAUCAUGGAUGAACCUGAAAAUGAACGAAAAACUAUUAUCUUUACAAGUACAAAACGAACUGCUGAUGAUAUUACACGAUUCUUACGACAAGAUGGAUUCCCUGCUUUGGCUAUUCAUGGUGAUAAAGCACAAAAUGAACGUGACUGGGUAUUGAAUCAAUUCCGUACUGGUGGUCAUCCUAUUAUGGUUGCUACUGAUGUUGCCUCUCGUGGUAUAGAGGGGGGAAUACUCGAAACAACAACAAUAUGAAAGAAAGACCAAUAGAUCUACCAUUCAAGCUCUUUUUGUUAUUGUUUUUGGAAACUCUCUCUCUUUUCCUUUAUAUCGUUUGAAGAAAAAAAAAAAGAAAAGAAAAUGAGGGAAAAAAGGUCUUUUUAUUUAUUGUAUUUUUUUUUAAAAUAGAUGUCAAGGAUGUCAAAUUUGUACUCAAUUAUGAUUUCCCUACUAACAUUGAAGAUUAUGUACAUCGUGUGGGUCGUACUGGUCGUGGUGGUCGCACUGGUUCCUCAAUCACAUUCUUUACUACUGACAAUGCUCGUCAAGCUCGGGAACUAAUCAAUAUCCUUCAAGAAACCAACCAGGAAAUUGAUCCUCGAUUACAAGCUAUGGCUGCUGCUGGAAGAGGUAGUGGCGGUGGACGAGGUGCACGAGGUGGUCGAGGAAGAGGUCGUGGUGGUUAUGGACGGGGAAGUUAUGGAGGUGCUUCUUAUGGUAAGUUAUAAAGAUAUUAUUCAAAUUAGUGUC